AUGGCUGACAAGCGGAAAAAGCUCUUUUACCCUGCGGGACCACUAACGGCGCGACACACCAAGAAGCAGGAGUGGCUGGUUCCGGAGAGCGAGUCGGUUUGGUCGAAGAGCGGCCCCCCAACUAGCGAAUCCCGGAGUCUGAAGGGCGAUGUCGCCUUGCCCUUGGUGAACUUGAAUGACCCCGCGCGGAAAGCGGGGAAGGCGUGCGUAGAGAUGCGAAGAGACUUGAACACUCUGGUGCGGCAAAGGGGCGGGCGGACGGGCGCGGGGCUCAUCCUGCAGCCGGACUUCGAGAAGGCUCCCGAGGUUGAGCACCGGUCUCCAGACGAGUACCUCGUAGCACGCUAUGAGAAGGAUGGUUCUGUUGAGUCGGUCGCAGUUUUCCACGAUCGCGACUCUGCCCGCUCCCAGCACGAAGCAAAAGCAAAGGUGUGCACACUUCCAGAGUAUGUCGACGAAUAUGGUGGUCUCGGCAUUAUGGACAAGGAUGUCUACAGAAUCUUUGCUUCCAGCCAGAAGGUGGAGGAUCGGGAUGUGUGGGAUUCCCUGGAGUACAGCUCCUUGACAAGCCAGAAGGAUGUCUUUGCGAAGACCAUGGCCAAGCUCAACCAACGCCGCGCCUUGGAUGACGGGGAGGCGUCCUAG